AAUCUUAACAAAAACCAAGUAAUAGUUUAAAAUUUUGAAAUUCUGGGUAAUUUAAAACUAAACUAAUAUUGUGAAAAUAUAAAAAAACAAGUAAAAUGUCGAACUGUGAACUUCUUUACGUUAAAGGAAUGAAUCUAUCAGAAACAGAUGAAACUGUUGAAGAAGACAUAUGGGAUGAUAGGAAACUUAACGAUGCAUACGACAAAGCUUUAAAAAUUGCUAAUGCUGAGGUAGCAAAGCGCGUGGCUAUGUCCACUAACACACAAAAUUUAGUUAAAAACCCUGAGAAAGAUCAAACAAAAACAAAAAAUGAUAUAUCACCUCAAAAACUGAAAUGUCCUCAAAAGAAAAGUGUUAAAUGGCAGGCAGGCAUGCCAUGCCGAGCUGUUUAUGAUGAAGAUGGUCAAGAAUAUGAGGCAUUUGUGCUCAGAAUUAUCAAUGAUAAAGAAUGCAUAGUUAAAUUCUUAGGAUAUGAUAAUUCAGAGAUAGUAUCCAUUAGCUCUUUAAAACCAACGCUUGGUAAACAUGAACGCAUGCGACAAACACAACAGGCAUUGUGUGAUAAAGAUGAUGGGUUCGGAAGUCAAUCAUUGUUAGAAAAUAUGGACUGUAGUGAUGCUGGCACAAGUCUAGGAAGUACAGAUGGAUCAUUCCAAAAAAAGAAAAAAUCAAACAAGAAAAAAAAUCAACGAAAAAUGAACUUUCCUGAUGUACCAAUAUUUAAUCCUACCAUGUUGGGAAAUCUAAAUUCAAUGGACAUGCCGUUACCUCCUCCACCGCCUAUAGGAUUUGGAUCAGAGCACGACAGUUCAGAAGACCAAGCUAUAUCCUCAAUGCUGCUCAGCUGGUACAUGAGUGGGUACUACACCGGUUUAUACCAGGGAAUGAAAAGGGCAAAAGAAAAUCUAAAUCGGAAUUCCAUAGAUUAAAUUAAAA